CAAAAUGCCCCGCCUAAACGCCGUGACAACAGACGCCGUUCCUCCGACGCGCUGUCCAGGUGUUCGGUGUAUGAUAUUGCAGAGAUCUAGACCGUUUUGGAGCUUCAUCAGUAUGUCUGCAUGACAUGGCCUAACGUGAUAUGUCUACGAGCCCGGCUUUCGGACGUCUGGAAUGCUUUUACUGCCUUCGCUCCCUCGUCUCUCAGAGAAUGAAGCGGGAACACCGUAAAAAUGAAGACUGACACGGGGGUGAUAAUUUGAGCUGUGUGUGUUUAUACCUCGAGUGGGAAAAGCUAGCGGCUAGGCUAGCCAGCUAGCUCAGACAGUUUAGACACCCAGCGGAGGCUCGGAUAUCGGAUUUGUGCGGCCAUGGCUGGGCUCAUCAAGAAGCAGAUCCUGAAGCAUCUCUCCAGGUUUGCUAAGAACUUGUCUCCGGACAAGAUCAACCUGAGCACGCUGAAGGGGGAGGGCCAGCUGACCAACCUGGAGCUGGAUGAGGAGGUUCUCCAGAGCUUGCUGGACCUGCCCACCUGGCUGGCCAUCAACCGUGUGGAAUGCAACAAGGCCGCCAUCAGGAUACCAUGGACAAAGUUGAAGACUCACCCAAUCUCUUUGACCCUGGAUAAAGUGGUGAUGGAGAUGAGUACCUGUGAUGAGCCCCGUCCCCCCAAUGGCCCAUCUCCCAUAGCAACAGCAUCAGGACAAAGUGAAUAUGGCUUUGCUGAGAAGGUGGUAGAGGGGAUGUCACUGUCCAUCAACUCCAUCGUCAUCAGGAUCAGUGCCAAGGCCUUUAACGCCUCCUUUGAGCUCUCCCAGCUUCAGGUCUACAGCGUCAACACCAGUUGGAGCAUCAGUGACCUGCGAUUCACCCGCAUCCAGGACCCUCAGAGGGGAGAGAUCCUGACAUUCAAAGAGAUCAGCUGGCAGAUGAUUCGUAUUGAGGCUGACGCUAUCCAGAGCGCUGAGCAUGAGAUGUUGAGUGCCCCCAUUCGCCUCAUCACCAACCAGUCCAAGAUCAGAGUCACUCUCAAGAGACGGAUUAAGGACUGUAACGUGGUGGCCUCCAAGCUGAUUCUGAUCCUGGACGACCUGCUCUGGGUGCUGACCGACUCCCAGCUUAAAGCCAUGGUGCAGUAUGCCAAGUCUCUCAGCGAGGCCAUGGAGAAGUCUGCACAGCAGAGGAAGAGCAUGGCCACAGAAGACCAGGUGUCAUCAGCGCCACCCACAGCUCAGCAGGUGCGUACCCAGCAGGCGUCCACAGCAGCUGACCAGAAUGCAACCAUGGCCAAGCUGUUCAGCGCCUACGACGUCUGCGAGACGUCCCACCACCUCCAGAUCACACACCUCGACCUGCACAUCUGUGAUGACAUCCAUGUUAAGGACAAAGUGAGCAAUAAGAGGAUAACGGGUGGGGCCAUGCAGCUUUCCUUCAGCUCCAUUACUCUGGACUACUACCCUUUCCACAGAGCAGGUGACUGUUGUGCGCACUGGAUGCACUACAGCGAGGCCACCAAGACCAGAGAGGGCUGGGCACGGAGUCUGCUCGAUGAGUUCAAGUCCAACGUGGAGAUGCUAAAGAGUGCGGUUCGAGACCAGCAAGGCCCGGCCCCUGCACACAGUUCCCCACAACACGGUAAGAUAAACACCUCUUCCAGCGCUUCCUUCAGUCCUCCUCCCCCUCAAACCCCCAAGACCCAGCUCAUGUCCAGCUCUGUUGUUCUCAGGAUGGCUGACUUCAGCAUCUACCAGGUGUCAACAGCAGACCAGCGUCGCUCCAGCCCCAAGACCAUGAUCUCCUGCAAUAAGAAGGCCUUGUACCUUCCCCCCGAGAUGCCAGCCAUUCAUGUCGAGUUCACGGAGUACUACUUCCCCGAUGGAAAAGACUAUCCCAUCCCGUGUCCUAACCUGUACGUCCAGCUGAACGCCCUGCAGCUGGUUCUGGAUCCUCGCAGCCUGGUGUGGAUCAACCUUUUCACCCUCGACCUCAGGCAGAGUCUGGAGCAGUUCAUGGAGAUCUACAAGCUCAGUGACUCGCAGAAACCCGAAGAGCAUGUUGACAUCAAGGUUGACGGCCUCAUGCUUAAGCUGGUGAUUCCCACCAAUUGGGACGCCUCCUGUCCCGCUGAUCUGCCUCGCUCCAUUUCAGUGCAGACCUCCGAAAUGGUGGCCACAAACACCCGGCACCCGGCUAACUGCACCCGCUCCCACCUCGAGGCCUUGUUGCAGGCCUUUGAAGAGGAGCCCUUCUUCUCUCCCUGUUUCUCCUCCUUCCCUCGCUCCUCCUCCUCCUUACCCCUUCUCCAUCCCGUCUUCCAGCGCCACGCUCACGAACAAGACACCAAGCUUCAUGAAAUCUACCGGGGCCUGGUGGUGCCGACGUUGGGCACAGACGCCCUCAAGAUGCCGGCCGCCUCUGACUUUUGGGCGUUGCACUUUGCCCAGUUCUGGGUGGACUAUGAAGGCACCUGUGGAGGCAAGGGGCGACCGCAGCCCUUCGUGGACUCCUUCCCUCUUACCAUGUGGGCAAGUCAGCCUGCAAAGAUUGUCCAGCACCAGGAGAGGCUCAGAGGUGGUUUGUCCAGAAGCACAUCAGGAGAGGCUGUCGCACGUCUGCAGAGGAAACGAUUAUUAAAGGACUAUUACAGUACUGAUGGUGCUGCAGCAUCAGCACACGAUUCAACGCUGCCUUCCAGGAACGGACUUCAUAAACCUCUCUCAUUGGGAAGCCCGCCUUCCUCCUCCUCCUCCUCUUCUUUGUCAUCAUCAAUUAAAGAAGCAGAUGUGCAUGUAUUGGUGCACGUGCAGAAGCAUCUAAGUGCUCAGGUGAGCCACCGGCAGUAUGUGUUUCUGAUGCAUCUUCAGCGCAGCAUCAAAGCCCUCCAACAGACACUACAGCAGGAUCUGGAGGAAAUGGGCUCCAAGAAAGACCGCAAGGAUCCCUCUCAGCAUCUUGCAGACCACCAGCCCUUCACUGUCUGCCUGGGUCUCCUGCUGAAAAGCGCAGAGGUGUCCCUGCUCCUGAAGCCCAUCCCCCAACCUGAGGGUUCACGAUCUCCUCUGGGGUCCGAGCUCUCCCCCUCAGAGAGCCGGGGAACUCUGGAGCCUGGGAGCGAUGCAGGAGAGGGGGUGGAGAAGGGGAGUGAAGGAGCUGGAUCUGGGUCCGAAGGAGGAGCAGCAGCCAGAGGGGCAUACACUGUAGACCAGCUGUUAUGUGGUGAUAGCUCGGAGGGUGGAGCCUCGCAUGGUCCUGCCCCUCUCGUCCCCAACUCUACGCGUCCUGACUCAAAUCACAAAGCCCCGCUGGACGAGAGGACUUCCGCUAAGAACUCUGGGAGGCGGAGUUCAGAUGAAGGGGGCGAGGCAGUAGUGGAUGGGUUGGCUGGAGGUGAAGAUGUUGUAGCUGGACUAGAUUUUAAAACACAGACUGUUGACCCCCUGUCAGACUGGAACGACAAAGACAAGGCUGCAGCCGCCAAAAUGCCUCAGUCAAUAUCCAGUGGUCGUUUGAUGCGGGACCGCUCCCAGUCCAGUUUCUCCGUGUCCUAUAAGAACAUGAAGAAGAGCCCGUCCCUGCAGUCGCUGGACAACAUCUCUAUAGACAGCUACCUGAUGGAGGACGGAGACGCGUACAGUCUGCUAGAGAGAGAUGACGUGUCCAUGUCAGGCUUCAAGGAUGCCAUCAGCGAACAGAGUGCCACUGAGAGCGCCACCGAGGCAGUGAUUGGUCAGCAGCAGGAGGGAGGCGUGUCCCCCGACACUGUCAGCGCAACCUCCCAGAGCAUCGACGAUCCCACCAAAGAUACAGUGUCGGUGCUGGUGUUGAAGGUGCAGUCGGUAUGUGUGGGCAUGGAGGCGUUUGGCGAGAGCACGGCCGUGGCUCUGGAGGUGGGCCAGGUCACACCCAGCCAGCUGGGCAAUGUCAGCCUGAGACAGUACCUCAGCAACCGCAGCCUGGCUGGCGGUGAGAUCCGCUCUGCGCCCGCCGGGGUACUCCACAGUCCAGCGGUGUGCGCCCGCCUUGAGAGCGGGCCCUGCGCCGCCGCUCACUCCCCGCUUGCCGAGCGCAACGGCUUCCUGCAGCUGCGUCUCCACGGAUACCAAGCAAGCUUCUUGAUGUCCACGCUGCGUAAUCUGGCUCACUUCCUGGAGGACGACUCUGCGCCGCUGGUGCUGCCCAUGGAGAUCAGCGUCAGGGACACACACGUCAACUUAAAGGACGACGGUCCCCGUGACAAUCUCUCUGACUCGGAGUCCUCGCCUAUCACCCUGCAUGUGGACAGCCUCAUAAUACACAGAAGAGACGACGGCUCCUUCUGUAUCGGAGUGGACACAGCAACGGAGAGCAAACCAUGGAAAGGGGGUGCGUUGAUUGAUAGCGCUCUGACUCCAGUCCCUGAGAUUGUGGGUGGUGUCUGCGGUAUACCAAAGGCUACACAGACCCAAGCCCCACCCACCAGCCCCCACCCAUAUAGCAGAGAAAAGAUGCUGGUGGAGGAAAACGAAUGUUUGAAAGUGGAGCUGUCCCGAGCCAAGAUGGCGCUGGCUGAGGCUCAGAUGGAGAAGGACUCACUGCUGCACUGCAUGAAGAACCUCAAAACCAGCUAGACCCAGCUCCCUCUUCGCACCCACGCCCAGCCAGUCAGUCGUUCAUCUCUGCAGUUAUGAAGACUGACACUGAUGGGCAGCAAAGAAAAUUAAAGGCAACAUCAACAAGCAAAGAAAAAGACUAAAACGGCUCCCUUUACUGGCUUAUUUGUUGAGGGAGCCGCCAUUAGACUUCAAAAUAAUUCCCUCAUGAAGCAAUGCAGAGUCUGUGUGAAGACUCAAAAAUACACAUUUUUACACGCUUGUCGUCUGUUAUAUGUUCUCCACUUUGAGAGUUGAAAAGGGAGAAAUGACAUUUAAUGGGUCUGUGUGUGUGUUUGUGUGUGUGUGUCUGUGUAUUUGUGUGAAAGAAAGAGGAUGAGGAUCUAUAUCCGUGGUUGUGCCUACAGAGUUCCCUCCCCCGGCUACCCCUAUUGUGCAAGUUAAAACCGAAAAGAAUCACAGCUAACUUUAGAUGAGCUUCAUUCAAUCCUGUAAAUAUGAAGGAAAACUGAAUGUCGUAUCUUCAGAGGAAUGUCUAAAAAAAACAAAAGACUUAUUUUGCACUGCACAGAAAUUAAACUUGUAAUUUAGUGCUUUCAUAUUCAGAGGGCACGAGACAAAUCAUGUUCUCAUUCGUCCUCAGUGUGUACAGUGUAAAUUGUAUAUGAAUGUGAACACAUAACUAUUUUCUUCAGAACUUUGAAAGGUUAUACAGUGUUUCAGGUGUGUGUGUGUGUGUGUGUGUGUGUGUGUGUGUGUGAGCGAGCGAGCGCCACAACAAGCAUUUCAUUACAAGCAGAGGAUGAAUUUAUAUCCGUCAGUUCCACAGCUUUGUUAG